AUGAGUUCCCACUUCAAGAUUGAGCCGCUUCACUCCUACUUUGGAGCUUCUGUUUCAGGCGUGGACUUCUCUAAUCCUGUUCCUCAAGAAGUUCAACAAGAUAUUCAGCGUGCACUACACCAAUAUGGUGUGCUGGUGUUCAGGGAUACGGCUCUCGAUGACCAGAAACAUGUUGACUUUGCCAAAAUGUUUGGUCCCAUCGACAAGCUGAACAUACCCCCAGGCAGUGGUAUCAAGGCACGCUUCGAAAAUGAUGAAUUGCAAGACCAGGGGAAUUUGGGCCUAGAUGGUGCUCCUCUCCCUGAAGAUUCCCCCAAGUCACAUUUCAACAGGGUAAGUUUAAUCAACGGCAAUUUGCUAUUUCAUGUAGACAACAGUUAUCAUCCCCAGCGGGUGAAGUACUCCAUGCUUCGCGCAUUUGAACUUCCUCCUCCUGGUACAGGUGGCAACACCGAGUUCGUCGACGUCCGCCAAGCGUGGGACGACCUCCCGGACCAGUGGAAGCAAGAACUUCUAGCGAAGGACUACCGUGUUAGACAUUCCAUGUGGCACUCUCGAAAGCUUGCGUCUCCGGACUUUUUCGCACGUCUUGAUCCAACCAACUAUCCAUCAUCUCUCAGACGGUUGGUCCAGGAGCACCCCGACACUGGUCGAGCUCACUUGUAUAUUGCCUCCCACUGCUUUGAGAUUGAGGGCCUCUCCGCAGAAGAGUCAAAGGAGAAGCUUGAUUAUUUGAUGAACCACGCUACCCAGGAGAAGUAUAUCCUUUCUUUGCCAUGGUUUAACAAUGGAGACUUCAUGAUGUGGGAUAAUCGCUGUGUCAUGCAUCGCGGCCAACCCCUUACAGGGCUUUACAAGCGAGACUUGAGACGGGCUACAAUCCUUGAUGAAGGCAAGGAAGCAUAUAGCUUCGAUGCCAAAGACUACGACUUCAUGAAAUUUUGGUCUGCGGCUUUCCAUGUCAUGCAGCAGUACGGUAAUGGGGUUCAGGAAGCCGCAAAGAAGCAAUUAGGCAUCACUGGCAUGGACGUUACUGGGCUUGAUAAAAGAAUUCCUCAAGUAUAG